CUUACAGUGCAUUGUUCAUGGUAAUGUAGGCGACGUACCGAGGCUUACCGGAAAACAUCGACCUUUGCCUACUGUUUCGAACACACGUGAAAAUGGCGGACGUUUUGCUUGUGAAAGAAGAUGGUGAUGAAUUCGAGGUCGACGAGGAGGGAGAUCAGGGUUUGCUGAAGCUGAAGGAAAAAGCAAAGAAGAGGAAAGGACGAGGGUUCGGUUCAGAUGGCCCAACACGGAGCGGUGUCGAGUCAUUUGAGGCGAUGGAGGUGGAUGAGACAGAUGGACCAGGACCACAGAGAUCGGUGGAGGGCUGGAUUCUGUUUGUGACCGGGGUUCAUGAAGAGGCCCAGGAAGAUGACAUCUACGACAAGUUCGCUGAGUAUGGAGAAAUCAAGAAUCUUCACCUCAACCUAGAUCGAAGAACAGGGUUUCUGAAAGGCUAUGCAUUGGUGGAGUAUGAAACAUUCAAGGAAGCAGAGAAAGCAAUGGAAGCACUCAAUGGUACAGAGAUCCUGGGUCAGUCCAUCAGCGUGGACUGGUGUUUUGUCAGGGGGCCCAGAAAGAACAAAGGCAGAAAAGAUGAUCGGAGACGACGCUGAUAUGUGCUGCAUUCAUCAGAAUCAUCAUUAUUAGCAUACCCUGUACAGAAAGCUGUGUAUAUUGUUUGUAACACCCAAAGUUGAAUGAACUGUCAACAAACACAUAUUUUGUCUUCUAAUACUAAUAUUGCUAUGUUACAAACAGGACUGUAUUUUGACUACACUUAUGGGGAUUGCUAGGGUAAUGUCAUAAAAAGCGUUUGUCUACUAGCAAAUUUUUAUAACUCUUCUGUGAGAUGCCAUCAUGUUCAUAAUCAUUUUUCUCAUAUGUGUUCAUUCACAGACUGUAUCACACAGAUGAUGCAUCAGUCCUUGUAUUUAUUGUCAGAUACUAUGUUUGUUUGCUGAAGGUCAAGGAAAGUCUUCCUCAUAUACAAACAUUCAUCAGGAUGAGCUACAGAUACCUAGGGCUGUACACAUUUUAUGUAAUCAUUUCAUUUAGUUUAUGUCUAGUACUGUCAUGGUGUUAUGUUCAUUUUACCAUUAUAAUAAAUAGUGAUAACCAUGAA